GUUGGUUGUUAGUUGUAGGCGGAGACUAGGAAUUACAAACUGUUUUGGAUACCUUCUCCUUCAUUGCAUCUGCAUUGGGUAACAUGUAAAGAUUUGUCACAGUAGAAACGAUAAAUGCGUAUUUUAUGCUUUUAUAGCGUUAGAGCAAUAAAAAGUAAUAUUUCAGUUAAAAAGUUGACGCUGUGGGUCGUUUGGUGGUUAUUUGCUGUGAAAACAGUGAUAAGGUUAAGGAGCUAGCCACCUGUUGAUCCAUCGAGCAACCCUGUUUACAUUUAGCGAGCGUAGUUGUGCUGGUGUAGCCUCGGAUACUUAAAACAUAGCCACAUGCUGAUGAAGUUAAAGGUCUUCUGGAGCUUUUCAACCGUUCACACAAGCUGUAAAUGUUGCUUCGGCGCCGGAAAGCUAAAUCGGCAAAGAGCUAAUCGGUUUGAGGGAGCUCAGCCUACACAGAAGCUGAGUCAGUCAGAUGGCCGUGGUGAUGAACAGGUUCAGUCCUGGCUGCCUGAUGUUAUAAUAUCUUGUGGGACGGCUGAGAUUGUUGCUCGUAGGUCCAACCUCCUCCAAAUCGAAGAGAUGGAGUCCGUUUCUGCUUCGUGGAAGAAGAUCGGCUGUGUGCGGCAGGAAAACGCUCGUCUGACUCUGCAGGAUGAGCAGCUCAUCAGUGACCUGGAUGCAAUGCAGUAUGAAAUGGCUACCCCCAAGUCUCAGGUCUACCUCAGGGGCCCUAGGGCUGGGGUUCACAACAAUGUGGUGGUCAUGAGUGAACAGAUUCGUCAGCUUGAAGUGGAGCUGGAGGCUCAGGCCAAAGAACUUAAGGCAGCAGAGCUGAGGGCAGAGUGUUGUCAGGAAGCUGCAGCUCACAGUGACAUUGUGGUAGUGACUCUUACUGAAGAGCUGAGCACACUCAGGGAGGAGCUGGAAAACAAGACAGCGUUAGGAAAACGGGCAGAGCAACAGAGGAAUCAAGCGCUUGAAAAUGCAGAGAAGCUCAAAGAAGCCUUCAAAGAUUAUAAGGCUACAAUUUCCAUUAAGCUUAAAAGGGUGAUGGAGAGUGAAAACAAACUAAAAGAAAGUCUCAUAGAGUGUGACAGAGAGAAAGAGGAGCUGGAGAUGAAGUGCACUGAGCUGGAGAGGGAGAAGGCAGAACAGAGACAGACAAUUGGUCAGCUGAUGGAGGAGGUGAAACAGUUUAAGGCUGCGGCCGCUAGCCUCCAAGCCCAAAUCGAAGAGGCUGGACGUAAAGCGUCGCACCUGGAGCGGCAGCUUAUGGAGCGAGGUGCAGAGUGCAGGGAUGUGGCCUCUUUGCGCAGGGAACUAGAAGACCUGCGGACUGUGACCCACAGCCAGGAGCAGAGGGUCGCCCAAAGCCAGAAAGAGGCUCAGCAGAGCCAGACAGAGCUGGCCAGCUUGGAGGCUGUACUGGCCCUGCUGCAUCUGCGAGAGGGUACUUUGGGGCAAAUCUGUGCCAGCCCUUGCAUGUUGCCCCCAGUGGACUAUACGGGAGCCGCACACCUGAUGAAGCUAAAGCCAGGCGAGGGCUACCAACAGCUCAUGCGAGUGCUGCAGUCAAAGGAAGCUGAGCGGCUGAAACAGAGCAACCUGAUCGAGCGGCUUCAGGAUCGUCUGAGCAGGGCCCAGGAGGAAAUCUCCUCCCUGCAGAGCUCCAUGGCCCAGAGAGCCUCCCACUACCAGAGCCUCCACACAGAGCUGCUGGACAAACUCAAACAAGCCACAGACACAGAGAAAGAGUUAAAGAAGAAAAAGGCACGAGUUGCCGCACUGGAAAAGCAGUUACAGGAGAAGACUUCAGCCUACAGUCUGGCUGCACUGAAAAACACUGAGCUGGAGACUCAAUUACAGGAGAAGACCAGCAGCGCCCAGCAUUACCAGACAUUGCUGACCAAAAAGCAACGAGAGUAUCAGCAGUCUCUGGAAAAGUGUCAACAGUCUCAUUCUCACCAAUUCACAGAGCAGCAACAAAGAAUACAAAUGCUGCAGUUGUCUCUGGAAGAGGUUCAGCCUCGGGUGGCAGAGAUGGAGCAGGAGUUGACUUCCCUCCAGAGGGAGCGAGAUGAAGCUCAGAGAGCAGCUCUGUUGCUGCAGAACUCUCUAGAUCAGCUAACACAGGAGAAGCAGGUGGAAGUCAGACAGAAUGAGGAGUUUCUCCAGAGUUUCAAAGAGCAGGCAGCUCACUCCUCAGCCAAGGUGUGUGAGCUGCAGUCGUCUCUGUCAGCAUGCAGAAAAGAGAUGAACUCAUACCUGCAGCAGAUAGAAGAGAUGAAGAAGAACUAUGAGACCGAGCUGCAGAAGAACAAGGAGAAGGUGUCCUCUCUGCAGGAGAAGCUUCACAGCACCACUCUGGUUUGUCAGAGCUCCAGCGAGGAGAACCUGCAGCUGCAGCUUUCUCUCCAGCAGCAGCAGACCAUGCUCACAGAGAGCAGCGCUCGUGUUUCUGAGCUGGAGGAAAGCCAAAGCCACCUGCACAGGCAGGUGUCGGGUCUGGAGCAGCAGCUGGAACGAGCCCGAGUGUCUCUGCAGGAAGAAUUAAGCAAGAGACAGGAAGAUAAUCAGGUGAAGGAGAAGAAGCUGCGGGAGAUAAACCAGCAGAAUGAACAGCUCUCCGAGUCUGUGAGACAUCUCACAUUAGAGGUGAAAAAGUGCAGGGAGGAGCUAGUGUCCAAGGAAUCAGAGCUGGAGCGUCUGAGGAAGGAUGUCGGUGUUAAGACUUCUCAGAUCAGCUGUAUGGAGGAGAGCCUGCAGCACAUAAAGAGCCAACUCAUCAGCAAGAAUGACAUUGUUAUGGAUCUGGAGAAGGAGCUUAAUCGUAGUGAGGCAGAUCGGCGCAGCUGUUCUCAGAAAGUCGAAAUCUUAGAGGGGCAGCUGCAGAUGGUGCAGAACGAGUUGGCUGACACUCUGAAGCAACUACAGGAACUCAAGGAUAUUUUACAGAGAACCCAAAAGGUUUCAGAUGAGCGGCAAGCCUCAGUGGAAAAACUGACUGUCCAGCUGAGGGAGACCCAAAGGGAGCUGGAGGAGAGAACUCACGAGGUUUUAGACAUGGACAACGCCCUGAGGGAAAGACAGGGGGAGCUCCAACAGAGAGCAAAGCUGCUUGGCCAACUGGACGUGGCCAUCAAAGAGCACAAGCAGGAGCUGGAGAGGAAGGUGGAGUCUCUGCAGCAGAGCCUGGAAGCCAGAGAGAGAGAGCUGAGGGACGCACAGAGGGAGCUCACUGACAGAAACAUGAAGGAGUCCCAGGAGCUGUUUGCAUGUCAGCAGAAACUUCAGAAAGUUCUCAAAGAGCUUGAAGAAACUCAGGGUCGCUGUGAGGGUCUGACCAGAGAGCUGGAUGCUGCCAAGCUGCAGACCAAAGAGACGGAGGCCCAGCUGUGUGCCGUAGAGGGGGAGCUGACUCUGAAGGAGGCACGCUGGCUGCAGUCGGAGGCCAGGCUUCAGGGCAUGGUCACCGGCUUCGAGCAAGAGCUGGAGCUGGAGAGGAAGCAGCACAGCAAAGAGCUGGAGUCUCUUCAGGAGACUCGAGGCCAGCUCCUCAAAGUCUCGGAGCAGAUCUCCUCCACAAUGCGCUCCUCCCAGGAACAGCUCACUGUUAAACUUCAGCAGAGCCAGACCCAGCUCGAAGAAGCCAGGCUCCGCUUUGAUCAGACCAAAGCCCAGCUGGACCAAACUAAGACGGAGCUUGAGCACGCCUGGAAGCGAGCUACUCACCUCCAGUCACAGUUAGACCAGAGCCAGACACAGCUCCUUCAGAGCCAGACUCAGCUGGAACAGAGCAGGAGUCUGUACGAGCAAACCAGAGCCCAGAACAGUCGUCUGCAGGCACAGCUGGAGGAGCUCACUGCUGUGCUAAAUCAAACCAGAGUCGAGGCCGCCCAGCUCCAGAGUCAGCUCCAUGCCUCCAAGAAGUCUGUGGAGACCUCCAGUGAUUCCCUCCUCAUCAAGGAGUCUGAGGUGACUCGUCUCCAGGCCAGGAUCUCCAGUUUGGGACGAGCUGCAGACCGACAACAUCUGUACAGUCACAGCCCGUCUCUCUCUUCUCUGCACAAAGUCACAGACUCUCCCCAGCUCUGCCUCUCUGCUCCUUCCCCUGCAUCCUCCCCCAAAAAACUUCAGACGACUAUCAGCUCUCCUCCUCAUGCCCAUUCGACACACCUAAGCUCCCCAACACAUGCGCAGACGUGUUUAUCACCCUCUGCUCGCUCAUACCUUAAACCCACCUCGGCUCUUCAUCUCUCUGAGAGCCGACAAACGUGUGACUGGCUGCAGAGCAGCAGUAUUGACUCCUCCUUGGACCUCCCUGAGAGCGUAAAAGCCACACUGAGAGAGGCUUUGAAUAAGCAACCAUGGGAGUCCUUGUCACACUCAAUUUCCUCUUUACCAGACACAGUGGACCACAGCUGGCAGGGCCUCAGUGCCUCAGAUACCACAGUAAUCUCUGAUAACUCCUUCAACCCGCUUACUUACAUGGUGGACAGAGAAAGUGACAGAAAUCCAGAUGUGGAAGGCACCGUGAUGGAGAGGGAUGAAGGCGAGCUGCUCAGUGAUUCGAGGAGGGAGUCUGUGAGCACUCUGGUGGGUCAGGAGGAACAGACUGACAUGAGUUCACUGACAGGCAUGCUGAAGUUUGUCAAUCAGACACUGGCCAUGCAGGAAGAUCCUUCUUUAUGGAGAUCCAUAAACCUACCACAGACAUGACACAGCCUCAGGUUAAAACACUCAUUUAACGGGGAGUUAGUUGGUCAGGAGAGACCUUUUGAAGAAUAUUUUUUUUUAACUGUAUUUGUGUAUUUUACUGAUGUUUAUUGACAAAAUUAAUCAAUAAGAAAAUAAACCAUGUUGAAAAGGUCAUUUACACUCACCAAAAUGCACAGUUCCUGCAAAAUUUCACUUCUUUUUUUGCAUCAUUUGCUCAGUUUUGUUGAUGGGUUCAAGGGGUGGUGCGGGCAGAAAAAACAAACGGCCUCCCAACUGUCGUCACAUUUGAAUUUAAAUGUCACUGAGCCCUGAUUGGUUCGCAUCACACUUAGUGCCAAGUGAGCAAAGACCACUGAAAAGCGGUGUUGAAAUGAAACCUGUGUACCUGAAUUAUCUGCUCUGUUACAGGAAAUUACAAGUUCAGACUUUACAGAGAGAAGGUGCUAAUGAUGGAUGUUUCUUUUUGUUUUUAGAGGGACGUCAGAGAGGAGGAGAGUCGUUUUGCAUUUCUGUAGGUUAAAUAGAUUUUUGUAUUCACCACUACUUUAACAGUCUGUAAAUAAUCCACUGUGAUGUUUUAUUCCAAAUUGUAGCAUUCUUGUUUCAUGUGUUUUUUAUUGUAACCAAUAUUUAUGUGUUCUUAAAAAAGCUCAUUUGAUUAAAGAGUUUUAUAGAAACAC